AUGGCCAAGAACUUAUUUUUCUUCUUAUCACUUGUAUUCUAUCUACAUGAAUCGGGUGCCAUAUUUUUUCCGCAAUUGGGGUUUGGUGAGUUUCAAAGUGUUUUCUUUUCUUCUAUCCACAUGAAUCUAGGAUCCAUGAACUGUCAAUGUCAAAGUUCUUGUAACUCUCCUCCAUCACAACUCGGAUGUUUAUGUCCUCCUCCGAUGCCUUGCUAUCAACAACCAGCUCAAACUUUUUAUACACCACCACCUCCACCAGUUAUCUACCCUUCCUAUCAAAACCAACAACAACCACAGCCAUCAUCUUCUUAUCUGGCGAACAUUCCUCCAUUUAUGCAACAAUAUGCACAACCUUCUUUUUUCUCAACUCCUCCUCCAAUACAAGUACAACAACUUCCACCGGGAACUUCUAGUUUAAAUUAUCCAUCAGCAUCCCAAAUGUUUAUCGCUGAACAAUCUCUGAAACCUUCAUACUCGUUCCCUGGAUCCGCAGGACCUCCAGCUUCAUCUGAUUCUCAAGAAACACUAAAUUUACAACCUCCUGCUAUUAAGCAGAAAGAAGAAACAUUCGAGCGUCCAGUGAGUGAGAAGAAUUAUGUGAAUACUGCAGACAGGCCAUUAUCAGACAUUUUCUACGAGACAGGCGCUUCAGAAGAUGAUAAAGAAAUAGAGAGAAAUCAUCUGCCCAUUUUGACGAGUACUGAAGCGGUAUACAGGAACACGGACACUGCAACAAGAACAAAUUCCGAAAGUUCAACUUAUCCAUCGUCAACAAUUGCAGUGACAACAAAGAGAUAUGAAACUGCUCUUAAACGGGGCGAAGGUAACAGCGAUAUAAGUCAGUCAGGAUACGGCUUUGAAGCAGCUUCCACAUCCGAACCGAUAAUGUUAGAAUUCCUGGAACAUCCCAGAAAGUAUGAGAAUCAAAGUCCAAACAACACAGAUAUCACAGAUGUGCCAGAUUUCACAAAGGAAGUUGAUGCGUUUUAUAAAAGUUCAACAAGUAGACCAAUUGAAACAUUUGAGUAUGGGGCAGUGAGAGAUGCCCGAGAUUCAUCGGAUAAGGAAACAUCAACUCCGAAGUUUCCAUUUGAUAGAGAAGAAGAGGUGUCACCAAAAAGUAAAUGGACUAGUAAGAGGAAAACUCGAGAGAAAGAAGAUAGUUCCAAGUGCAAUAAUUCCAUUCUCAAGGAUUUGAUGGAAUUGAAAAUGACUGGAUCUCCCUCGAUAUCAAAACAAAUGAUCUACUCAGCUGCCACUGAAAUGUGGAUGGGACGGAACGUGAAUGUCAUUUGCUCAAAACAUUCCUUCUCAUAUGUCGUCGUGACGUCUCCAAUAUUCUGCGAACACAGAAAGAAGGCAUUGACUUGUUUUGUUUUCUUCCAACCUUGA